AAAGGUAAUUUCCACAGUGAAAAUUAAAUGGCCACAAAACAAAAUAAUUCUAAGGCAUUUACUUUCAUGCCAAUACAAGUGAUCUUUUGAAUUUAUGCCACUUAAAAUUUCACUCUUAUUUAUAAAUUUCACUAUUUUUUAAUAUUUGUAAUUUUUUACAAUUAAUUUUUAAGGACAUGUAAAAUUCUUGUUUGGCCUUUGCUGAAAUUGAGGCACUGCAACAUACUUUUUGGUGUACAAUAAAACAAUGUAUUUUGCACAAAUAUUGAUGUGUUCUGAUACAUUUCAGUUGUAUAGAUUAUAUUUCAGAAACAGGAAUAACAACUUGCAGGGAAGAUGAAGUUUAUCUUUAUUGGCUUAGUUUUCUUCUGCAUGCUGAUGAACAUGUUAACAGAUGCUUGGCCGAUCCAAGAUGAAGAUGAUCCCUAUCAAGUACCUGCCUCCAUGCCCUACUGGCCUUUCUCGUCCAAUGAUUUCUGGUCAUAUGUGGAGUAUUUCCGGACCCUGGGAGCAUACAACAGAAUCAAUGAAAUGGCCAGAACCUUCUUUGCUCACUACCCUAUUGGAAAUGGCCUUGGUUACCACAUGCCAGCUCAUGAACAUUAGUGACUUUACUCAUUUUGCUAAUGCAAAUGAUGAGCUUUUUAAAGGAAUGUACUACUGCCUGUAAACUCGUGAAUUGCCAGUUCAGUCACUUCUGUCAUUUCUAUGCUUUUUAACUGUUUGAGUACUCAUAUACUGUAUAGUAUUUGCUUUUUUGUAAAAUUGCUGAUGAUUUUAGUGUAGUUUAUAUUUUUAAUACAA